AUGCACAACCUCCCCCCGCGCUUCCCCGAUUGGCGAGCCAUACCUACGUCCCAGCCACACGUUUUUCCAACCCAGUCAGAUCUGUGCGGAGGGAGGAAUUUCCUCUGGGAAUCUCGAGGGGUGGGUGGAGAGGGUGUUGUGUGGUACCGUAGCUGGUGGGGGCUGAUCCCGUCUGCGCUCUUGCGCGCUCUCUGCGCGUAA